AUGGGAGACUUUAAUACUCCUCUACAAGGAGCUGAAAAAUUUGGAGGAACUCAAGCCCAACUGGAUAGCAAAACUGAUUUGAUGGACUUCAUCAAUGUUAAUGCUCUUGUUGAUACUGAUCUCACUGGAGCUUCUUACACCUGGUCUAAUCGAAGGGAUGGUAAAGAUCUCAUUCAGGUAUAUGAAGCCUUAUGGGUGGAUAGAAUUACUCCUAAAAGAGCAAUUGGAAUGGCACCUUAUGAACUGGUGUAUGGGAUUGGCACAAAGGUUUCUUUACCUCUGGAAUUGGCAGUGGUGAGACUUCAAACUGUAAUUGAGGACUCCUUCUUCCAAAAUGCUCUGGAGAAGAGAUUCAUGUAUUUUAUGAAGUUGGAAGAGGAAAGAGAGAUGUUAGUGGAUAGAAUUACUAACCAUCAUAACAGGGUGAAGAAAAUCUUCGAUAUGAGAGCUCGACCAAGAGGGUUCCUAAAAGGAGAUGAAGUAUUGUUGUGGGACAAAAGAAGGGAACCAAAGGGUGCCCAUGGAAAAUUUGAUUCAUUGUGGAAAGGUUCGUUCAAGAUCCAUGAAGUAGCAAGACCGAAUGCAUUCAGACUAAAUUAUUCUGAUGGAAUGGUUAUGCCCUAUACCUAUAAUGGGCAAGACUUGAAGCUUUAUAAACUUUGA